AUUGCCUUCUCCCCCUCUGAUCACCUGAGAUCAAUCCUUAAAUCAAAAGUUAGACCGCAUUUCGCCAAGAAAAAUAACCCAAUUCAAAAGUAAGAAAGAUCAAGGAGGAAGUUUCUGUUUUAUCUUGAGUUGCAGAGACGCAGACAUUGAAAUCAAUGCAUUGAUGAAUGCCAACUUUCAAUUUUUUUUAUAGAUCUGUGGCUUCUUGGUUUGCCCGCAUCUUUACUUUUAUGGGAGGUUUUUUUGGAUGCUGUACAAAGCCAACUAUUGUAAUAUCAGUGGAAGAUCGAUCCAAGGGACUGAAAAGUCAUGGUCAACAAGUAAGGAAUACAAGAUUGAGAGAAGACUUUUGGAGCAGUAGUACCUGUGAGAUGGAUAAUAGUGCAUUUCAAUCCCAUAGGAGUGCCUCGUCAAUUAGCACCUCAAACAACACUCAUGAUCCUUCUAUCUCUAGCACGGGCAACAUAAGCCAGUCAGAAUUUGUAAAUAAUGGUUUAAUGCUUUGGAAACAAACUAGGCAACAGUGGAUUGGGAACACAAAAUCUCAGAAUCAUGUACCAGCUAAUAGGCCCAAAUUAAGUUUUGAGGCAACCUAUGAGAACUUGCUGGGAACAAACAAGCAAUUUCCUAGGCCAAUACCUCUUCCAGAAAUGGUAGAUUUCCUUGUUGAUAUCUGGGAACAGGAGGGGCUUUAUGAUUAAUUUAAACAGUGUCGCAUAUUGCUGCAAAAUACUCAUACUGGCAAGUUCAUGUUUGCGCGCCUUUGUAUAAGUUUCUUCUUGGGCCAAGAGGCUUUUAAGGAGAUGUCACUUUUGUAAAUUUCUCCGUAAACCGAUGGGGAGUUUUAAGGAGAAUGUGUUCAAUUAAAACAUCUAUAGACUUGUACAUUGGUACACCCUCCAUCCCCAUUUAGUGUUGCGGGUUCUGUUUGACACAGGAUUUGUGAACGAUGAGAGUUGUGUUGGGUGAUUUGUAAAAAGGAACCAGUGAAUAUAAAACCAUGUACUGAACAUUGAUUCUAUUAAUGAUAGUUGAUCAAUUUCUUCUCAAAAAAAAAACCAUACAGUUUUUUUAGAGAAGAGGAAUGACAUUUAGCAAUGGUUCAAAAAGGAAAGUAAUGAAAAGAUAAAAGGAGAUGGAGAGACUACAUUCUAAUAGAGUCUACUGACUUUUUUUAGAUAAUGUUGACUUCGGCAUAUUUUAUAUGGUCCUAUAGAAAAAACAUUUCAGACAAAAUACUUGAGUUAGACUAUUGUAGCCCUAUCCAUAAAGGUGACUAUACUUUAACUUGAAUGUUCC